AUGCAAUAACAGACUAUUGAUGAGAGUAUUCUCUAAUAAUUGAGACGUAUUCUAAGUUUUUAAUCCUUAUCCAGAAAUUAUUUUCUUUUGAGGAAAUUUGAUCUCAGCAUAGGUUGUAUAAGGCUUCAGAGCUUGGCCAAGGAAAAAAGCUUUAGACAAUUGCUAGAUUACCCUAAUGGUAUAGAAACUCUAGUUAAUAUUUUGAUCCAAUAUAACUACAGCAAUUGGAUUUUCGAUUAGGAUUUCAAUGUCAUUAGACCUAUCUUUAGAAAGGAGAGAAAAUAAGUGUAAAUUUUGAUCAAAAAGAAUCAAGUGGAUGAAUUUAAGAAAUUUUUACUAGAAUUAGAUCUUGAAAAAGAGUGUGAAGUCUUGGAAGCAGAGUACAUAGCAAACAAGGAUUUUACAAAAUUGUUCAUUGUUUUUGAUAAUGAGGAUGAAGCACAGAGAGGUUUUAGUAAAAUAUAAUCAUGCAAGGCCACAUUUGCAAUACAAAAUGCCAAAAUGGAGGAAGUGGAUUUCUAUAACAGAUUCCUAAACAUUGUUCAAUCCAAAUAAUAAUAAUUUUAAGAUUAAAGGAUGAAUAAUCCCAGAAACUAUGAAGAUAUGCAAAUGGAGCAUUAAUAAUUUUCACAUCAUCACUAAUCUUAAUAGAAUCAAUACUUAUAAUACUAAUAAUAGAAAUUCUAUUAAUAAUAACAAUAAGAAUGUUCUACCUCUGACAUUGUAAAUUAAAGAUUAAAUCAAAUUAGAUCAAAUGAAAAAAUAGAAUUAAACUAUGCUCCUGUGCAAGAAUAAUAAUCAAUGUUUUCAUUUGUACCUAAUUUGAAUCCUCAACAAUAUGGUUCAAUGCAAGAAGGUUAUGAAAAUCCAAAUUUUGGUGAAAACAGGAAAACUAUUGAAAUAAUUAGAAUUGAAGUAGAUUCUGAAAACACUCAAUCCCAAAAUGCUGAAUAGUUUGAAUCAUAGACCAAUUAGAGGCAAAUUUCAAGAGAAACAGAGUCCAAUAAAGAAAAUUCAGUGGAAAGAAAUAAUAAAAAAACACAUCAAGUAGAGCUUUAUGAAGAGAAAUAACACUUUAAACAUGGACAUCAAUAAAACGGAUAUGGUAGAAAUAAUUAUGAGUACAACAAGUAUCACAAUAAAUAAAAUAACAGGAAAUAACCAUAUUAUAAUCGUUUGGAGAAUGAUUUAAGUGAAUUUACUGGAUACAAGAAGUACCAAUAAAGAUAGCAGAAGGAAUACUACGAAGUGAAGAAGGAAUAUUGA